AUGCUCCUGGAAUUCAUUGAAUCUCCUCAAGGCUAUUCUAACAUUUUAUAUGUUGUCUUGGCUUUCUCAGUCCCAAUUCACAUUUUUGGAAGUUAUUGUAUAUUAUUUGAAACUCCAGUUGUUAUGAAUUCAGUCAAGUGGGCCCUACUCAACCUUCACUUUUGGUCGGCAGCUUUGGAUUUAUCAUUAAAGUAAGCCUAAUUUUUCAACCGUAUUUCUGUACUCCAGUUUAUGCUGGGUUUGCAGUCGGUUUAAUGCGAUGGGUUGAGGUUGUUUCAACGGAUGUUCUCGUCAUUGGUGCCACCCUUAUUUAUAAAAUUUUACCGGUCUCUAUAAUCGCCAUGUUUGAAAAUCGCUUCUUCGUGUUAUUUGGUGAGAAAAGUGUCUGGCGAUAUCUUCGCUACCCAUUUUUAGCAUUCAAUUACAUACUUGCUAUCGCUUAUUGCACACUACUCUACUUAGAAGUACCUGUGGAUCAGGAGAAAGCCAAGCGUAUCAUGUUCGAGGCGACUCCUGAGGCCUGUGAAAUUAUCGCCGAUAAAUCGAUAGUAUUCGCGAUGAAUUCUGGAUACAACUACUCUCUAAGGGAGAAUGCUCUCACAUGUUUUGUCUUGGUGGAAACUAUAGUUCUCGUUGUAUUGUUAAGGGUGAAAAUGAACAGAGCUAUCAACAAUAUUCAAUCAUCAGUAGUAUCACUAGAGACCCUCCAAAAGUAGAAGAAGUUCAUGAGAGCCUUGAAUCUACAGAUUGCCGUUCCAAUUCUUGGGAUAUUCAUCCCAGCAACCGUUGGCGCGGCAAUUGCAAUUCAGGGUGUUAGCCUACAAUUUGUGGAUAACCUAAUGAACAUUAUUACAUCACUUCAUGGUGUAUUUGCAACAAUUUUAAUGAUAUAUCUACAGAAACCGUAUCGAGAUUCAUUUUUGGAAGUUAUUUGUUGUAGGAGUC